CUGCACUGGAGUCCCUGGUGUUUGGCUGUGGAUCUAAUUAACUCUCUCGUCCAAUGGGACUUGUGUCUUCGCGACAGCGAGUGUAUAUCGUGAGUUUUCUGUGACUUCCAACUCGGGACACUCCCCACGCGAGGGUAAUGAAUGUUUUCACAUGCGGCGUUUUACACCGCUCGUUCAAGACUGAUGUUGUCCGUCUAUUAUUUUCGUAUAAAUCGUAAAACGCACACGCACAAAACUACGGUGUGAAAAAUAUCCCCGCGGUGUAAUCCCAUCUGUCUGGAGUGUCACUUCCUGCGUAUUUCAGGUACCAGUAAUACUUAAAAAAAUGCUUCCCGAGUAAUAGUUAUAUUUUUCUUUCUCGGCUUGCCGAGCAGCUGACCCAGUUGCACACAUCUUUCGCCUUCUGUCGGGAACCUGCCAGUUCCAAAGAGGAUUUGCUUUCGCUCAUGCUUUAUUCACCUGUGCACAUUCUCCUGCCGCGCACCUGAGGGCAGCCAGCCAGCCCCACACGUGGAAGCCGAAGGUCUCCCGAUACGCGGUACCUGCGAGUUCACUAUUUCACUACACCUGUGGGGGGCUCACACCCCGCGAGUGCCCCAUCCCGCGCCUUGUCCGCCCGGGGGUGGCCCGUAGCCCUCCAUUCACCGAGCCCCAUUAGCAUUCAGCUCACAGGCUGACAGGAUUGCGAGUGUCUGCGAGAAGAAAAGAAGUGGGGGAGAGAGAGGGGGCAGAACCAGCAGCGGGCGAGAGCUUGUUCAGACACUGACAGCGGUCCCAGCCCACGACGAGCCGCAGCACCUGGAGACCUGAGCGCACGAAGUCGCUCGGCACGCACGGCUCCGGCAAGGUACAUGACGUGGACAGGGGGCGUGAGGAGUCAACCCGCAGAGUGUGCCGGUGGUGCUGAGGGAGAUACAGAGGGCGGCAGACACAAGACAGGUGGCGCUGAAAGUGGGAGCAUGCCUCAGGACAGCUUUUGCCGAAAAUGCCUUCGAGGGGUCUACAGCUGCCGCUGGAGAAGCGGAAGUCAGAAUAAACACAGGUGUUCCUGCUGCUGGUUCUUCUUCCUGGCCCUUGCAUGCCUGCUCAAAGCCGGCUGGAUCUAUGUGUGCUGGGCAGCUAUCAAUGACCGGGACGAUGUCAACUGGAAGGCGUUCAGUCUGCUGAGGUUCAGGUGGGUGAACUGGUUCAUCGUGGUGGUGAUCAUGUCCUCGGUGCUGGUCAGCUACAGCUGCCUCCUGCUGGUGUUUGCACUGUUCCAAGUGGCACUGAGGGAACCUCUGAAUUUGCAUUGCACUCACAAGGUGCUGCUGCUUCUGGCUGUGCUGAUCAUUGCUGCAGGGGUUGCUGGGAUAUGCCUUGAAUGGAAAGAAGAAUGGCUCACAGUCUUCAUGUCACUGCAGAUGACGGGACCCUUCCUCCAGAUAGGUGGGGUGGUUUCAGUGUCCCUCCUGGGCUGGUUUGUCUUCCAGAGAUUCUUCAUGGCCAGGAGAGCAGUCUCCAGGGUUGUCAUCCUCCUGGCCUACCUGGUGGUGGGGGCAGCGGUGUUCCUCUCUCCUCUCUUGAUCUCUUCACCUUGCUUCCUGGAAAAACAUAAUCUCCCCCCAAAACCAGCUCUGAUCGGACACCGGGGAGCACCCACGAUGUCCCCGGAGAACACCAUGCUGUCCUUCAGGAGGAGUCUGGAGUGUGACGUCAAAGCCUUCGAGACAGACGUGAUCAUCAGUCAGAAUGGAAUUCCUUUCCUGAUGCACGAUGACAAAUCCCUCCGGAGGACUACAGAUGUCUCAGAGAAAUUCCCUGGGCGGGUUGAAAACGCAAGCCACACCUUCACGUGGGAAGAGCUCAAGACACUCAAUGCUGGAGACUGGUUCCUCAAGAGUGACCCCUUCCACACGGUCUCGUCGCUCUCAGAGGAGGACAAGGCGGCCAUCCGAAACCAGACCAUACCAGCGCUCACGGAGCUGCUGGACCUGGCCAAGCAACACAAUACGUCCAUCAUCUUUGACCUCAAAGGUGACUCCGAUGAGCUCAAUGUCACACUCCGCACUGUGCAGGCCAUCCUGGAUUCCAACAUCCCGCAGGAACGGGUGCUGUGGUUGCCAUCUCGGUACAGAAAACUUGUGAAGAUGAAGGCCCCAGAUUUUAAGCAUGUCUAUGCUAAUAAAUCCUUGAUGGAGGAUGACGGAGGAGACCAGCUGAACCUCAAAUACAGCAGCCUGACCCCCGCGGAGAUCAGGGAUCUGAGGCGGGGAAACGUGUCGGUCAACCUGUACGUGGUGAACGAGUCCUGGCUCUUCUCUCUGCUCUGGUGCUCGGGGGUGACCUCCGUCACCACUAACACCUGCCGCCACUUCAAGAACAUGACGCAGCCCGCCUGGAUCCUCGCUCCCGAUACCUACACUAUGCUCUGGAUCACCGUGGACUCCGUCUUCCUGCUUGUCAUCCUGGGCCUGUUCCUGCUACAGAGGCGGCGUUUCACUCGUGGGACUGAGAACGAGGAGCACAGAAACGGGUACUCAGUAUGGAAUGAGCAAGAACUGGACACCUUCUUGUGAAAGCCGGGCCGACGACAGUCUGGUUCUGGGUUCUACCUCUGGGACUAUCUAGGAUUCUCUCUUAAGCAUCAUGCACUUUCUGGGGAAGGAAGGCACAGCUCUCUCAUUUGGGGAAGGUGACAUUUUCUAUGGUGCCUUCCAAAGUGUCCGGGCUGCUGGGGGCUGCCUCUCUACUGAAGUCUGUUUUUUGGGGUACACGGGUCUGGGGUAACUGUGACUCUCUUCUCUAAUGGAUAGAAGGUUUCAUUGCAAAUGCACUGGUGUGGGUUGAUUGUCUGUCCUUCAAGCACUGAAACCAUGGAGCAGAAUGAUGUGGGGGAUGUGCAUUUUGGGUGAUUAGAAAGCCUGCUCAGGCUUUGCACUGUCAUUAUUUCAAACAGAAACACAUGAGAAAGGACUAACAUUUCAGGUUUAUUCUGGAAACAGAUUCCAUUUGCAUCUGAACAGGAAUCAAUGUGAAAUUUCCUCAGAAAUAUACAUAUAUACAGAGAGCUGUAUAUGAACCACAUUUACCUUGUCAGAAGAACUGUGUCUAGCACAGACAUUUCAAGUGGACAUUUGUCAAAUUCUUUAUUUCACUUAAGUCCUCCUGUCAGGAUAAUGGUCAGACAUUUAAGGAUACUGAAGUAGUCAGUCAGUCGAGUGUAUUUCAGCAGAUAAAUUGUUUUAUGACGUUUGUACAGAAAUGGACUUCUUAAAGUGGUUUUCUACAAAAUAUAUUUUUCCAAUUAAUGUAUCAGUAAUUUCAUUUUAAAUUAAUGAUGUAGCAAAUUCAGUUUUUCAGAGAACGGAUUUAAAAUGCAUCCAUUGCUAGGAAAUUAGUCCACGACUUGUUUACUGCUGAAGCACCACUUAAACAGAAUUGCACUUUCCACAGUGAUCUUCUCAGGGACAGCGUGGCGUGAUGCACACAAUAGUAAAUGAGGGAGACACAAUACGUGUCAAGUGUUGUGAAGUCUUCAAAGCUUGUCUUGAGCCCCAUUUAACAUACGACCUUCUUAAUGACACUUUCUGUGGGUGUGACAUAAGGCAUUUUGGCCCCUGAUGCAACCAAAAACUGUAUCCACAAAAAUGGACAAAUGUUUACUGGUUGCCUAUUUGCCUAAAGCGAUUUGUUCCAUGUUUGUAACUGUGUUAGUUUAGUAUUCAGAGGUUUGUUCAUGUUAAUUUCAGUGUGGUCGCUCUUUUGAUGUUUCUCGGUAGACAGUAUGUAUUUUGAGCUUUGAGGGUAUAUAAUUAUUUUUUGGAGGAACAUUUGAUAUAUCAAUGACAUUUUACAGUAUAUUUUUUAAAAGACACUAUUUUUUUUACAUAUUUAGUGCCUUCCUUAACUACCAGCACUCUACCUGUGUACAGAUAUUAUUGUGAAGUCUGUAUUAUGUUUUGCUUAUAUACUGUGAAACACUGGGCUGUUCUGGGGCUUUUUCCUCCUUCCUGCUGUCCCUGCGUUCACUGCGAGCCACUCACUGUCCCCGUGCACAAGUCAGAUGCUAGCGUCUUCAUGCACCGAAGUGCCUCUUUGUGUGCUGUCUCCCCCUCAGAUUACCUGUCCAACUAGGACCCCCUGUGGCUGCAUGAAAAGCCCUCAGUGUUCAGUCCUCCACAGCCAGAGUGUCUUCCCUGGCAGCAGUGCUGGUCAGCCUGGUCCAGGUGUGCCCCCGAGGCCUCGGAAUGCAGCAGGUUUCCUGCAACCUUAAAAUCCGACACCUGGAAGAUGGGCUAACUUGGACCAGUGAAGCCCGCCUCCUGCCCAGCGAGAGCAGGCGGGCCCUGGUCUUGCCCAUCGCAUGCUGUGCAUGUGUUCUGAGCAGAGCCUCCCUCUGCCCCCGCCAGAGAUGUGGCAAUGUGUACCCAGAGCUGGCUCGGGAAUUUCCGAUUGCAGAUGGGCGACUGAAUAGUCCUGGUUUUCCGUAAACGGUUCAAUAUCCGUCUUCUGUAUUGUGAUUUUUCUCUCCUUCGUGGCAACACACUGUUUCACCGAAGCUGCAGAAAGGGGGAGAGGAAUCACACAACGACCUUGAGGCGGUAAACAAACAUUUCGGCUCACCGGAGGCUGACCGCAGCCCCACUGCAAAGCCUGUCAGCGUCUCAUGCAUCCUUGAAGGGUCCCUUGAAAUGAGCUGGGUUCCCAUUAAAUGCUUGGAAACUAUUUCAGACAUUAACUGUUUGUUCUAGGCAUUCUCUGUGUGCAAAGUGUUCCCUGGGUCUGUGAAAAGGAAGUGAUUUUGAAAUGUUUUUUUUCUCUCAAAUAAACGUUAGAAAUUGAGUGUAUAAAAUGUUUACGGUGUUCUUUUGUCUUAUAAGAUCUGCCCACUCCCCAGCACCCAGAGCAGGAGAUGCCUCCUCAUCUUCUGAGACUUCUGCUCAUUUGAAUUCUAGUGUCUUGUUGUUCUAAGUCUAAGAUUUUCUCCUUCUUAAAGGAUCCACAGGCGUACAGUAGCUUCUCACAACUUCACAGCCAUGACUAGGGACUUGGUUCCAAUUCCCACAAUCCUCUGUGCCGAGAAACGUCUCCUGUUUUCUGUCGUGAACAUAGCUGGGUUUAUUUCCCACUCGUGUCAGGCCCCCGGGGCUGGCCUUCUCGAACCGCGGUGUUGCGAGAGCAGCACUGGGGAGCAAUGACGUCGGCAGCACAUACGCGUGGGACACCAGGGUGCUCUGUGGGGGUGUUCUGACAUUGUUUCGUGGAAGCGCGUUUCUAGGUGGCUCGUCUGCAUUUUUUUCCACGUGUCACUGUCACACCGAGCGGUUUGCACGAUACAGGUGCUCCACAGGGACCAACGGAUUUGAUAAACAGGCUGUAAGCGCUUGUUCCGCUUCCUCUAGUUUUUAAAAAAAGACAGCAGUGAUGUACUGCGGCUCGUCGCCACUAGAUAGCAGCCACCGCAUAUUCCGUUUCUGUGCAUCUGAAACUCGUUUUAGAAAGACUUUCAAUUUAUAACUUUGCUACAACGGCACAAUACGUUCUGUGUACAAAACUGAUUGUAUUUCUGAGACAAUCUUUCUUUGCGGGUACAACCUGAACGGUGUGAACUAUAUCGGAAAAUGCAAAUUAAAGCUGAAGGAAAAAGCUCGGUGUGAGUGAAUCGUCGAGUCCUCUUUUACUCUCACACAAAGAUAUAAUCAGAACAGUACAUUUCUACAACUAUUUUAAGCGAACGAGUUCUGUUUGCAUCUGCUUUUUUGAACAGUUUUACUCUCCGGAUUGAACAUCAAGGUAUAGUAAAUGCUGCGCUCUCCUCGUAAACAUAACAGGUUUACAAACCUACCGCUACUCCUCCCUUGAAAAUAGAAAUUCUUUUUGUUCCCAGAUCAAAAAAGAAACGUCUAAUUUUACGUUCUUAGCUCUUCAACUAGCAUAUCCCGCAGAGGGUAAAUGCGAGACACUUUGCUUUUUUUUUUUUGCUUUCUGCCUUUCUCAUUAUGACCGCAACAGGUGUCAAUGAAGCGCGGCGGUGAGUGUCUGGUCGAGUGCGUUUCCAAAACUUUACGCACCGCGAAGGCGGCCCCCUGGCGGUCGCUGUCCGGCGGUGCGGGGAGCUAAGGAGGCGAUCUGCUGGACCCACCCUCCCCUCUCCCCUGCGUCCCAGAGCCGUUCCCACUCCGGGUUCCACACUAAGGACGCCUCGCAGGCCGGGGGCUCGGCGGCCGCACACUUUCGCUCCGACACGGGGCUGAUCUCUCGUCCCCGGUGCAGCCGG